GAAGUGAACGAAGGCGUGCAGGCCCUCUCCAACAGUGAGGAGGAGAAGAAGGGGGUGGCUGCAGCCCUUUUGGCACCGCUCCUGCCUGAUGUGGUGAAGGAGGAAGAGGAGCGCUGGAGGAGAAAGGUGAUCUGCAAAGAGGAGGUCGAGCCACCUCCGGAAGAGGAGGCGAAAGCAGAAGAGGUGGCAGCUGCCCCCGAAGAGCCGGAGCCUGGCAGGGAUCCCCUGGAAGACACGCUGCAGGAGGAUCUGUGCAGCGUGGUGCAGUCGGGGGAGAGUGCUGAGGAAGAGGAAGAGCAAGACACCCUCGAGCUGGAGAUGGUGCUGGAGAGAAAGAAGGCAGAGCUGCGUGCCUUGGAGGAAGGCGAUGGCAGCAUUUCGGGCUCCAGCCCGCUCUCCGACGGGAGCCAGUCGGCUUCACAGGAUGCAACCCGCAGGCUGGCCUCCAAGCGAGGGAAAUGGAAACUGUUUGUCGGAGCUGCCAGCCCCGAAUCCACGAGUCGAGGCUCCAGCAAAACGGGCCGGGAGAGCCCGGAAGCGGGAGAAGCAGCCUGCACUUCGCUGCCUGUUGUGGCCGUUACCUGUACCGAUUCCCAGACGUGCCGGUCCCUCCCCGGCAUGAGGCUUCAGGCCGGCUACCUGCCUCACGCCUGCCUCCCCUGUGGCACGGAAAGCUGA